UUCUCAAAAACAUGGACGGAGAGGGUCAUUUGCUUCUUCGAGAGAAUUUUGCCCGCAAUGUGGCUCAAUUUUACCUUUUUCUGAAAGUGGAACGGUAGUUAUGAAAAGCAAGACAUGUCCUUACAAAGUAAAGGCAAAAACUGCAUUACAUGGUGUGGUCUAUCAAUAAUCAUUCAUACCUGCGACUCAACUCUCGCAAAAAUGUUGAAGGUCGUCACAAGGUCAUCAGCCAGAAAGGCCUAGGAUCACUGAUUGACAGGGCAUGUGCCAAGUGCGGUCACGAUGGACUUCAUUUCCACACCAGGCAAACACUAUCAGCUGAUAAAGGACAAACAGCUUCUAUUUCUGCCCAUCAUGCAACAUCAAGAGAUUGAGUACUCCUGAAGA